AUGGCAUUGCCGGGUGGUAUCGGUUCAGAUAGUGGUUCGGUUACGAGUAGUUCUGCAGUUGAACUCCGUGAAAGGUCCCCUCCUCUGACAAGGCGAGCCUUGUCAGGUCCUCGCAGAUCUCGUGAGCACUCAGACCCUUACCCCAAUCUAACUGCUCAAGCCUCAUACACGCAGAACAUCCUGAACGUAGGAGCGUCCCCACAAGAAGUCCUGGAUGCCCAACGUUUGGCUGCAGCCCAAGCAGCGCAGCAAGUGGCUGAUCAUGCUGAGCAGCUACAUGCUGUAAGGCUAGAGCAGGUAGAGAAUGAGGCUAGAGGUUUGGUUGAAGCCACCGUUGAGCAAAUGCGUGAGCAGUUGCAACAAUACGAACAUCGUUAUGAUGAGAUCCUUCAACAGGGUCGAAUCUUGGAAGAACAGCUAUCCGUAGCUAAGGCUGAGCUAAGCAAAGUCGAAGCUGAACUUCAGGUUGCUCGUGCAGGGUACCAAGAGCUUGAAGCCGCCCUAACCAGCUGCCGGGGUGAUAACAACUUGCUGAACUUCCAAAACACCCAGCUACGUGUUGAGUUGCAAGUCAAAGACCGUGAGAUUCAGAGACUUCGUCAGGCUGCUUUAAGCGCCACGAGUCCUGGGUCUUCACCUCCAAAGCCUGCACCUCGCCAGCAAGAUGUGCCAUCUGCAAUUGCACCAAGUGCCUGUUCUGGUGGUUCUAGUUGGGUACAUAUCGGUUCGGAUGGGGGCAAUAAUGGUGCACCUUCAUUGCCGCAAGUUGUCAAUGAGUCAACCCCUUGCCCUCCUGCAACCGUUUCCGACCCUCGUGUUGACCAGUUGAUUGAUGUCGUCCAGCAACUGUUUGCCCAAAGAAAUGGCACGGAUCAAGGAUGCAAUGAUGCAUCUCCUGUUCAUGAGAUCGAAGAGCCUGAGAGGCAAGAGAAGCACAUUGUUGACUACCGAGCUUUGUUGCAUCUCAAGCUUGAACCGGUUCCUUCCGACGCUGCUGGUUUCCGAGCCUGGAAAAACGCGUUGUUGGUCCAAAUUGCCAAGCUUGAUAUGUCAGGAGAAGGUUUGGUCGUUGAAUGGCUGUCUCAGUCUUUCACAGCUGAAAAAGAAGACCUUACUGAGUCUGGUUUUCUCCCUCGCCUUGACGCUUGGAUUGCUGGAGAGAUGACUUCCUUGCGUGUGUUGAAGCAAGUGACUGAGUUGGAGCAAGAGGUAAUUGCCUAUGUUGAGUUGUGCGGCCAAGCACGGUCCCAGCCGAAAGGUCGAUACAUGCUUGCCCUUCUUGCUCGUCAUUUCAGCAUCGACCGUGUUCGAGGUACUGUGCUGACUGCUUCGACGUUGUUCCAGGUUGAAAUCGGGGGAAACUCCAUGCGAGAUCUCCGAGACUUUGUGCAACGCGUAAGGACUGUUCUGUAUGCCAUACCGGUCGGACAGAGGCCAGAUGAUCGCCUCACUGGCGAAUGGCUUUUCCACCGGGCGAAGCAUAUUCGAAAGUUGGAACGCGUCAUCGAGGAUAUCAGAGAAUCUGCGCCAGAAUCCCGUCGUCGUGAGUGGGAUUACUUAUGGAACAAAAUACAAGAUAUCCUUGUUCAAGAGCGAGAAGAUGCAAACUCUCACUCAGUGAUGAAGUCUUUGCAAAUUGCCGCUCCGCAGGCAAAGACAAAGGGAGUUCCUGCAGGGACUAAGGAGGCAUCCCGGAGUUCCCCAAAGGCCAAGACUCCUGCCCCAGUGUCCACUGGACCUCCACCGAAGGCUCCAGCACCUGCAAAUCCCGCGCCAAGCCCCAAACCUAAGACAAAAGCUAAAGCGAAGGCAAAAGGCAUGUCAGAUGCAGAAAAAGCCAAGACACCUUGCAUUUUCUUCAGAAUGUCGUCUGGUUGCAUGCAUGGAGAGAAUUGCAAGUACAGCCACGCCCCUGAUAAGACCCCUAAGGUUGACCCUAAGUCUAAGCCUAAGGCCGCCGCUUCCAAGCCCAAGUCCCCAGGAGCUGUUGCAAAAGCAGUCGUGGCAAUGAUGGCUGCCUCAAGCAUGUGCAACAUUCCUGGGAGCAACGCUUUCAGCGUUGAAUGGGCUGCUGACACAGCUGCUGGUCGGCAUCUUGGAUCGGCGCGAGCGCUGGCAGACCAGGGAAUUCCGUCGGAGUCAUACAGGUCGUUUCUUGCGCACUCAGCGAGCCCUGUUACGUUCCACACAGGAGGUGGACCUCAGCCUGGCUCUCAGAGUUUGGGAUUUGCAUCCGACAAUAUGCCUCUCGCCAACCACUACAUGUUGGACAACUGUCCAGUUGUUCGGAGCACCGGUUUGGAUGUUGAAUCCGGGAAGGCCUUCAUAUGGUUACCUGGUUCCCUUCCUUUCUUUGUGCAUGACGUGUCUAAGCUUCGGAUUGAUUGCGCUGAGGAGGCCAGGUUUUAUGCAACGCGCAUAGAUGAGCAUGUGCCUAUUUUCACCAGCAAAGUUCAGUUUGUCCACGGCGUGGCUGCAUCAGCUGAUUCUCUUGAAGGGUCUGGUGAGGAAAGCCGAGAGCCUUCGCGUCCCGUUGCCCAUGAUCCAGCUGAAGAGUAUGCCAAAGACCUCCUAACAAAGCGUGGUGAUAUUCAGCCCAAUCAAGUUCGUAAGAUCUUUGGACUUGUGAAGCGUGGUUCAGCACCCCGAGGGAUUGAGCCGAGCAAUGACUCGUCCUUUGCAGUUGGCUGCUUCCGUCGAGGUGGUGUGGUCGGUCUUUUGAAGUCUACGAAGGAGUACCCUUUCGUGACUCGUGCAUUGAACCAAUUUGCGCAGCGCAAAGCCCCUGGGCAUGUUUACACCGCCAUCAAUUUGCUGCACAAUGUGUCCGCAGAUCCUCACAAGGAUUCCCAUAAUGCUGGGAUUGACAAUGUUGUCAUUUCGUUGGGGGGCUUUACCGGUGGUGGUGUUUGGAUUGAAGAUGCUGCAGGAAGAGACAAAUGUCCUUUUCCAAGCGUUUCGCAAAUUGGCAAGAUUUUGAGUUUCAAGAAAGGGGUUAUCCAGUUCUCUGCCAAAAAUCGACUACAUGCCACGCAACCUUGGACUGGUGAUCGGCUGGUGAUGAUCUUGUACGCAGCAAAAGAUCCAGCUUCUCUUGAGCUUGAUGUCUUAGAUGCUCUCAUAGGAGUUGGAUUUCCUUUGGACAAUCACCCGCUGGUUGAUGUCAUUCCAGCAGAGAUUGAGUCGUCCGAAGUGCCUUCCUCUUCGUCAGGGGGGCUGCCCAAGGAACAUCUUGUCGAGGCAAACCAUGAUGGUCCAGCUGCAUCUGCGCUUCCUGAAGGGGACAAGCCUUUAGAUGUGAGUUCGCCGGGAGUGAGCGUGAAGCAUCGCUUAUUCCAUUUCCCAAAGAACCCGUUCUGCGAUGUGUGCAAUCGAUCCAAACUCUUAUCCCGAAGGGUGCGCCGCAAGCCUCGUGAUGAGGAUUCUGAGCCCGCGUUGCUUGAAGCUUCGGAGUUUGGAGAGGUUAUUGCAGCUGAUCACAUCCAUGUGUUCAAGUCACCUAGUGACUCCAAUGCUCCCGGAAGAGAGUAUGUGGUGUUGUGCCUUCGAGAUCGCUUCACAGGAUUGUUUGCUGCUUACCCUGCCACAGAUCGUUCAACUGAUUCCAUCUUGACAUGCCUCAAGCGUUUUGUUGGGAGGAAAGUGUGCAGCAAACCGGUAUCGCUGGUUUCUGAUGCAGCAGAUGAACUCAAGCUUGCUGCAGAAACCUUGGGCUGGUUACACAUGCCUUCACUGCCGAACCGGUUUCCUCACAAUUCUCAACUUGAGCGUGAAAUUCGGUCUUUCCAAGAAGGAGUCAGGUCAUCUUUUCUUGAAGCAGGGUUUGCUGUCAGACCUGAGUUCUGGACAGUGGCUUGCCACUACGGGUCAAUGGCGAUGAACCUUUCGCAUCCUGCUCCUCUCGAAUCUGAUCUCUCACGAUGGGACUUUGCAGUUGCGCACUUCGAUGCCGAAGACGUCCCGCCUCGGGAAUUAAUCUUAGGCCAACUUGUUUUCUAUCGGGCACGAGCAGAUAGCAAGUUUGGUCCUAAUGCCAAGCCAGGGUUGUUUGCCGGAUGGAGAUUGGAGCCUGGGUUCUUGUAUAGGUCGGUUGUAUACGUGCUGGAUUUAGCCAAAGUUCGAUUCAAACUUGGUUCUUGGGAAGAGGUAAUAUCUGUUCCUGAAGCAGAACUGUAUGUGCGCUCUGGCGAUCCAGUGUUUCCCCUCAAAAACGCAGCCGAACACACGCUGCAACUUUGUGGAGGAGAAGACUUCGCAAUACCAGAUCCUCUUCCUCUGCCUUUCUCAGGCGACCAAGCCAACGUCAAGAAAAAGGCCCGAAGGAUCUACAUCACCUAUUCAAGAUUUCUGAAGCUUGGCCCUACUCCAGGCUGUACUGCCUGUGAAAGAGACCGUUCCGACCACAAUCCUGAAUGUGUUGCUCGUUUUGAAAAGGCGUUCGGGGACGAGGCCAAAACUUCGUCUCAACCUUUUGAGGAUCACGAGAGGCUCUUGUCUUUCGAGCAUCUUGGUUUGCCUGAUCUUCCGCCUGAGAUCGACCCAGCCGAUGAAGAAGCAGUUGAAGUGGAACUUGCUGCUUUGGGUAGGUCUACAGGAAGAGAUUCUGAGUCAGAGCUAGACUUCCUCAGGACGCCGGAAUACGAACCUUCCAUUCCCGAAGAUGAUGAAGCACUCCCCGGUGUUGGAGCUUUGCCUGCCUGUCGGCAUCAGAAGCCUGGUGCAUUGGUACUUUAUGAGUUUUGCUGCGCUCCGGAUUCCAUGAUUGGGCACCUUGGUCCAGAACUGGGUGUUCAAGUGGUUCGGUUGUGCCGUGAAAGCAUCAAUCUCGAGGAUCCCUUGGCCAUCGAUCAGCUCAUCCACCAAGUCAGUGCAACUCCUGGUUGCUGCAUCCAUGGAUCCCUUGAAUGUGGACCUUGGUCAGCGUGGUCCCGCAUGAACCUGGCCACUAAGCCGGGAUACCUUGAAAAGCUUACCGCCGAAAGGGAGAAAUCCCGGAAGCUGUUGUUGCAAUUCAUCCGGGUUGCUGCAUUAGUCAUACUUCAGGGGGGUGAAGUAAGUUUCGAGUGGCCAAGAGACGCUGCUGGUUGGUCUUUGCCUGAGAUCAUUGCUUUUGUUGACCAGUUCAAUCUUCUCACCGUUGAGUUCCACGGAUGCGCUUUCGGACUUGACGUUCGGCCGCCACUACCGCUCGAUCUCCUGAUGUUUGAGUCUGGUAUGCGCCGCAUCCGAAUCCCUGGUUACGUCCAUCGGCUGUUGGAUAGAAGGGAAUGGACUUCCCAGCCUGCUGCACUUGAAAAGGUCCAAGAAGAAAAGGAUGGUCUUUUGAAGGCAGGUACCUGGAUAGAAGAAGAGAUCAUGCCGAAGAGUGAGGUUCUUGCAUGGGCUCGCAGGACUUCCAAUGUGAUCCACUUCGGAAACUUGAUGGUCAUCAUGAGUGUGAAAGGCGCCGAACUAGAGCCUGAUUCUUGGAAGCUUAAGGCGCGUAUCGUCUUUCGUGGAGACGAUAUACGUGACCAGACUGGAAUGUCUGCUGUAUUCGAAGAACUCUUCGCGUCUGCCCCUUCUUCGCUUGAGGGACUGAACACGGUCAUUGGAUUCGGUCUUCUCGAAUCCCAUGGUGUGACAACUAGCGACGCCAUUAAGGCGUAUACACAAGCAGCCUUGAAGAGCAAAAACCGAACUUUCGUCCUCUUGCCACCAGAACUCGUCCCAGCUUCCAAGAGAGACGUAAUUCAGCCCUGUGCACCGCUCUACAAGGCCUUGUAUGGACACCCUGAGUCAUCAGCGCAUUGGCAAAGGCAUUUGCGUGGCAUUCUCACUGGUCUUGGUGGAAUUGAAUUCCCCAACCUUCCUUCUGUGUAUUAUUUUCCCACAUUGGAUCUGAUCUUGUGCGUAUAUGUUGACGACCUCACAUUGAGCGGGAAGUUGUCGAAGCAUAAAGGUUUCUGGAGUUCCUUGUCGAAACAAGUUGACCUCGAGCCUUAUGCUCCUCUCACCAGAGUGCUUGGUCGCAGUCAUCGCCACGUCUUGUAUGACAAUCAACCAGCCCUUGCGUUGGAAACUGAAGACUUCGCCAAACAGUGUGUUGACUUGUAUGAAUCCUUGGUUGGUUCCGCUGUUAAGCACCAGAGGACCCCGCAUGUUGACCCAGGAGCUCUAUCACUAAGUGAUAAUGAUGCUCGGGGCUCUCUUGCUGACAGCGCCGCUCGCAUCCUGAUGAAGAUUCUGUGGCUUGCACGUUUGAAUCGCCCAGAUCUUAUGGUGGCCGUCACUACCCUCACGACCAAUGUCUGUCGUUGGUCAGUGAACGAUGAUAAAAGGGUUGCCAGGUUGGUGGGUUACAUUGCUGCGACGGUUCAAUACAACCCUGUGAUGUUUGUCCACGACCCAGCUUCAUCUUUGCACCUUGCCCUGUAUGUGGAUUCAGAUUUCGGCGGCUGUCCUGACACCGCGCGUUCCACAAGUGGGUAUAUCGUUGCCCUUGAAGGAAGCAACUCAUUUGCUCUUCUGUCAUGGUCCAGCAAGAGACAGAAAGUGGUCUCAAGGAGCUCUACCGAAGCAGAAUUCGUGUCCUUGAGCAGUGCGCUGUUCAAUGAUGCCUUGCCAUUACUUGAAGUUUGGCAAACCAUAAUCCCUGGCAUUAAGCUCUUGUGUCGUGAAGAUAAUGAAGCUUGCAUUGCCAUUGUCCGUAAAGGAUAUUCAGCUAAGCUGAGGCAUUUGUCCAAAACUCAUCGCAUCAACGUUUCAUCUACGUGCGAAGCUGUGAACGACAACGAUGAUGUUGAACUGGGCUAUGUCAACACUAAUGACCAGAAAGGUGAUCCUUUGACGAAGGCUCUUUCGGUCCAGAAGUGGGCUCAUGCACUGAAGUUGCUCCACAUCUCCACUGAGCAUCUGCCAGAUGUUCCCAUCUAA